AUCGUAGAACUUGUAAAACCUUAACAAGGAUUGUCUCAAUCGUUUUUUGAAGUGGAAAUUUCUUUAUCGUCUCAAAUGAGAUCGACUUUCAAUUAUUGGGUUUUGCUUUGGUUCACUGCCACCCUGGCUGUGGCGAGUACCGCGGAUUACAGCAAAUUAAAACUGCCCCCGACGCCCGUGUAUUUGAAGGAAUACGGAAAAUUACGACCUGGUAAAUCGGAUAAGUACACAGGAUGCAUGUGUCCCCCCACCCUCAACACUGCAGGAUCGGUCUAUAUGUUUUGCGGACAUGAGAUGUCGCCCAAAGUGGGAGGGACGUGCCACCCUCCAAGUGUCUAUCGAUGCGUUAAUGGUCAAGCUGAAGCAAUAAUGGAGAUGGAUUGCAGUGUUGAAUCGGUCGUUGGCAAGAGGAAAUGUGGUACAAGAUGGAUCUGUGAUUCGCUGAAUAUAGAAUGCGAAAAACAUAAUGCAAAAGCAUGUGUUGCGGCUCAAAUGAAGGAGUAACUCCAGAUGCAUGAAAAUUCGAAGGGAGCAUGUUCCAUAUAUAUUUACAAACUAAACAUUACAGCAUAAAAUUUAAUUUGCCCUAUAAAACAAAAAUUUGUCAAGAUUUAUUUUGCCAAAAUUGAUGUCAGCGACCCAACGUUUUAUAUUUUCAUAUGCAUAAUAUUGUUUUUUAUUUUAAUGAAUUCUAGUGUGAACGGAUAAACAAGGACCUCUGCAUCGUAUUGUGUCCAUCGAAUAUAAAUUUCUAUAAGGACUAUAUUUUCCUUAUUAAAUGUAGCACCUGAUUUAUACUUACCUAAAUUCGCAUAAAAUUAAAUCCAAACAAUGUGGGUCAAUCCUACGUGAAUGUUAAGCGGUAAGAAUGCGAAAUCAAUAUGUUACGGAAGUACAUAUGUAAAGGGAAUGUGCAAAUUGUUGUGUUAUUAUCUUUAUAAUUUAGCAUAUUCAUGUACAUACAUAUGUACAUAUUCCACGUUCUCGCCAAAUGUGGCAUUUCAUUCGCCAAAUAAA